GGAGUCCGAGCGAGAGAGAGAGAGAAAGGGAGAGCGAGCGAGAGAGCGCGGUGGGUGGGCGUGUCCAUGACGUCACCCUCGAGCUCUCCUCAGCGCGCACGGCUGUGGUUUCUUCGGAGCGGAGCUUGAAGUCAGACGCGCCGAGCGAGACGCAGCGCUAUCCGGGGGAUUUAAACCGCUACUCGCCGCCGUCCGUCCGUCCGCGCCCGGAGCUCUCUCUCUCUCUCUCUCUCUCUCUCUAUCGCCUUGGAUCUGCUCUCUCGUUGGAUUAUUACCGUUCUUUAUUCCCCGGCGCGGCGCGCAGGAAGAUGUAAGGAGGUUUUGCGCGUGCAGAAUCACGGAGAACACAGGAACGCGCUCGUUUAAAACAAGCAGGAGCUCCAGUAUCCGGAUGACAGCGUCAGGCAAACGUUCCCAGGAGUGCCGAUGAAAACACACGAGCCAUAAGUUUUGCCUGACUUUGGAGCGAGGAUCUAUUUAUCCGGUCCUACCGAGGCAGCUGAAGAAAACGCCACUAAAAACAGCCGAAGAAUGAAGCAGAAGGAAUAUUAAAAACAGCAGAGAGAGUACCAAACGUCAAGCGUGCCGACCCUUCGUCUCCAGCCUGUGGGGCCGUGGCUCUCUAGCCAGGUCAGAGGUCAUCUGCGACAUGAUGCCAGCCAGCCACCUGCCUAUCCUGCUCUCCCUGAGUGCCCUGCUGCUGUCUCCACUGCUCACCGGCUCCUUGGCCUUAUCUCCUCCCAGGUUCACAAAAGUUCCUGUCGACAUGAUCGGCGUCUCCGGAGGUGUCGUAUCCUUCGUAUGCCAAGCCACAGGUGACCCCAAGCCAAGAGUAACCUGGAAUAAGAAAGGAAAGAGGGUGAACUCUCAACGCAUCGAGACAAUAGAGUUUGACGAAGGUGCGGGGGCCGUGCUAAGGAUCCAGCCCCUCCGGGCGCCUCGAGACGAGAACAUCUAUGAGUGUGUGGCGGAGAACAGCGAAGGCGAAAUCAGUGUCCAAGCUAAGCUGUCAAUCAUUAGAGAGGACCUACUUCCUGCUGGCUUCCCCAACAUUGACAUGGGCCCACAGCUGAAGGUGGUGGAGCGCACCCGCACGGCUACCAUGCUUUGCGCCGCGAGCGGUAACCCUGAUCCGGAAAUCACCUGGUUCAAAGACUUCCUUCCCAUCGACCCCAGCACAAGUAACGGACGACUCAAACAGCUCAGAUCGGGUAAGACGAACGAAUGCCCUUUAUGCUAA